UCUGUGCAACCCCGUUCUGUGUCACGCCGCCGUCACCGUCCCUCUCCAAACCCGAUGCGGCGUAGGCUGCUGCUCUCCGUCACCGUCACCGUCCCUCUCCGAACCCGAACCCUAAUCUCGCCUCCUCUCCUCUCCUCCCCGUCUCAUCACCUCCUCUCUCGCUCGAACAAGCACUCUGCGUCUCCCCACGACGAUCCCCACGACCCUCCCUUCUCCCCUAUCGCCAAAGCCCCGAAUCCUAAACCCAAGCAGUCCCCCAAAGCCCGGAACCCUAAACCCAAGCAGGCCCCCAAAGCCCUGCCGUCCGGCAUGGACAAGCCCUCUCUCCCUUUUCACUCCGACCUCCCCUUCGAUUUCCGUUACUCCUACUCCGAGACCGAUCCGUCCCUAAGGCCGAUCGGGUACAGGGAGCCACCGCGCUUCUCGCCAUUCGGCCCCGGGCGCCUGGACCGGAAAUGGGACGGUGUGUCGGCGCCGGCGACCGGGGAGGCCGCGGAAGAUAGGGUGUCCGACGACCGGAGCUCGGUGCUCGGGGAUCCGCUCACAGAAGAAGAGGUCGGUGAGCUCGUUGAGCGGUAUCGCCAUAGCGAUUGCUCUCGUCAGAUCAACCUAGGGACAGGUGGUGUCACUCACAAUACGCUGGAGGACAUCCACAACCAUUGGAAGAGAGCUGAAGCUGUAAGGAUCAAGUGUCUAGGAGUCCCAACCCUCGACAUGGAUAACCUCUGCUUCCACCUUGAGGAUAAAACAGGUGGAAAGAUCAUAUAUCGACAUAUUAACAUCCUCCUGCUAUAUCGCGGACGGAACUAUGAUCCCAAGCAAAGGCCAGUCAUACCCUUAAUGUUAUGGAAGCCACUGGCACCGAUAUAUCCUAGGCUCGUUCCAAAGGUUGCUGAGGGUUUGACUUUUGAGCAAACAAAAGAGUUGAGGAAUAGAGGAUUGAACACACCAGCUCUGAUGAAACUCACCAGGAAUGGCGUGUAUGCGAAUGUGGUGGAGAGGGUCAGGGAGGCCUUCAGAACUUCAGAUGUUGUGAGACUGGACUGUGCUUACAUAUAUACUAGUGAUUGCAAAAAGAUCGGUGUGAAGCUUAGGGAUUUGGUCCCUUGUAUUCCUAUCCUAUUUAAAGACGGGCAGAUCAUAAUCUGGAGGGGAAGGGAGACCCAGGAUUCUGAUUGACUCAUAGCUCUUCGUUCAGACAAAAGCUUAUUCACUUGGGAUAAAGUCAUUGAAGAUGUUAAAUCAUAUCUGCAUUUGCAUGGGAGCGAGGACAAGAUUUUGAUGGAUGUUGUAUAAAGAAACACCUGAAGGUGCAGAAUGUUAUCAGUGUUCCAGUAGACUUAUAUGGUGUGGAACUGAAACAUAUUGGAGCUAUUAGUACUCUUUCUUUUCGCUGGAACCAA